GAGGAGACGCUGGAAUCUGACGUCACACUGCGGAAGUGAAAGUUAAAGUCAGAGCUGCAGUUCAGACACGUCUCUGAGUUUCUCUGUGAAGAAAUCUGACCUGAGUUCAUCUGGACUUUCACAGACACUGACUCCAACACUGUGGGACUGGAGAAACGGUGAACGUCAGGAGCAGAACCGUGAAGCGACUCUCAGACUCCAGCAGCCUGCUCAGUGAGACUCACUCCACCUCACACCUGGCAGUAGCCUGGGGAGGACUGCAGGACUGAGGACAGAAACAACCUGGACGUUCAGCUCAGCACCACAGUUCUCCUGUCAGAGAUCACGUCUCUUCCAAACAGUUCACUCAGGAGGAAAAACUACAUUUCUCUACAUCUCCAGCUUCGUCCUGCCGUCCUGCCUCCAGAGUCUCCUGGACUUCAGCUCAGAACCUUCUCUGCAGGGACGCUACAGCCUCCACCUCAUUCUGAGCGUUGCUUUGAAGACUCCACCCACGCCGAGCCAGGACACUGUAUAAUGGAAACUGACCGGUUCUGAGGCCGAGGCCGGCCAGAGCCAGCCGUGGAGGGACAGGGCCACGAGUCUCUGCUUGUUCCAGUCUGUCCCUGUCCUCAUGUCCAUCCUUCAGAGCCUCGGUGGCUGGAGGAUGAAUUCACAGUUACUCUGUUACUUCCUGGUUACUGAAGACACAGAUCCCGGAGCUGCUUUCUGGACCAAUCAGGAUUCAGGAAACACCUGCUGCAUUCAAUGACCCAUCAGGUCGGAAAUCUGAGCUCUUCUGUUUGCUCUGUUUUCAGACCACAUGGCUUCUGGAGCAGAGGAGACUCCGGGAGUCCCCAGAUGUCCAGGAGGAGGCGGAGCCUGUGACCCUCUGAAGAAGACCCCCUCUGAGCCCGAGGUGGGGGCUCUCUGCAGUCUGGAGACCCCCUCUGAGCCAGACAGGGGGGCUCUCUGCAGUCGGCACUCAGAAGAACUGGUCUUGUUCUGCGAGGACCGGCAGCAGCUGCUGUGUGUUUCCUGCAGAGUGUCAGAAGAACACGGUCGGCACACGGUCCGAGACGUCCAGGAAGCAGCUGGAAGGCGGAGGCAGCAGCUGAAGGAGCGCCUGCAGCCGCUACGGCAGCGGCUGAAGCGCCAUGAGAGACUGGCCCUGGAGCUGGAUUUAGCAGCGGAACACCUGAAGGUCCAGGCCCGGCGCACAGAGAGCCAGAUCCAGGAGACCUUCCGGAAGCUCCGGCGGUUCCUGUCGGAGGAGGAGGAGGCCCGGCUGGCCGCUCUGAGGGCGGAGGAGGAGCAGAAGAGCAGGGCCGUGGAGGACAAGAUGGAGGCUCUGAGGACGGAGACAGCAGCUCUGGAGGACACGGUCAGAGCCACAGAGCAGGAGCUGAGAGCCCCAGACGUCUCCUUCCUGUCCAGCUACCAGGCCGCGGUGCAGCGGGUGCAGAGCCGCCCCCUGCUGGACCCCCCACGGCUGUCCUCCGGAGCUCUGAUCCACCAGGCCCAACAUCUGGGAAACCUGGCCUUCAACAUCUGGGAGAAGAUGAAGGACCUGGUGUCCUACUGUCCCCUCAUCCUGGACCCAAACACAGCUCAUCCGGACCUGGUCCUGUCUGAAGACCUGACCUGCCUGACCGGGGGGGACUGGCAGACGCUUCCAGAGAACCCGGAACGCUUUGACCCGUCCUGCUCGGUCCUGAGCUCCCGGGGCUUCACCUCCGGAACCCACAGCUGGCAGCUGGAGGUGGGACACAGCGUCAGCUGGUCGCUGGGCGUGGCCGUGGCGUCCGUCCAAAGGAAGGACGACAUCUGGUCCGGGUUCUGGGAGGUCGGGCUCCAUGACGGUAAAUAUUUUGAAUGGGCUCCUCCAGCACCCCUCACGGUUCUGCCGGUCCAGAAUCGGCUGGACCGGAUCCGCAUGAGUCUGGACUGUGACGAGGGAACCUUGACCUUCUCCGAUCCGGAGACCCUCCAGCACCUGCACACCUUCACCCUCACCUGCACCGAGGAGCUGCUCCCUGUGGUCAGCACCGAGGACGGAGUCCGGGUCUCCCACUGCCACGUGUCUGUCCUGGUGGACCCGCUCUGAGUCCGUACACCUUACGCACACACACACACACACACACACACACACACACACACACACACAGACAGACAGACACAGAUACAGGAAAAUAGCUUAUACUCAAUCCGUCCAUGAUCUGUGCCUUGCUAAAUGACAUUUUGCAACCUGGAGCCUGUUGAUUGAUUGAUCAAAAUCUUUAUUCUUUUAUCAUACAUGUGAAAAAGAAACAUAACAUAAACAAAUAAAUUUUGAUUAAAGAGGAAUGCUCCGA